AUGUCCCGUUCGUCCACCCCGGCUUUGCCCAUGUACAAUGCCUCGAGGCAGGACCUAGCACCNCCUGAACAAGCUCGUCCACCAUUGAAUCGACAAAGGACUCCGCAAACCGUCACAGCCAACCAUGCAGUCCUCACGCCUCAGGAGACCGCUACGCGCCUGUCCACCUCGCUGACACAUGGUCUACAACCGAACGAAGCCGCCACACGCCUCCACAGCGAUGGCCCGAACGAAUUACCUCACGAGGAACCCGAGCCACUAUGGUUGCGAUUUGUCAAGCAGUUUCAAGAGACGUUGAUAUUACUGCUACUGGCAUCGGCCGCCAUCUCGGCAAUCAUGGGCAAUCUGGAGGACGCCAUCAGCAUCGCCAUUGCCGUCCUGAUUGUCGUCACGGUCGCUUUUGUGCAGGAAUACCGAUCUGAAAAAUCCAUGGAGGCCUUGAACUCGCUCGUACCUCAUUCCGCCCAUGUCAUCCGAAGCGCAGAGCGCAGACCUGACAAUGACAUUCUGGAGGAAGCCGAAAAGAUCCUUUUGGCCAGUGCCGAAAAGGCAUCCAUGACCAUUCCCGCUGGCCAAUUGGUUGUUGGAGAUCUCGUCCUGUUCCAUACUGGCGACCGCAUUCCUGCCGAUAUUCGAAUCACCCGUGCCGCAGACCUAUCCAUCGACGAAUCCAAUCUUACUGGCGAGAACGAACCUGUGCACAAAUUCGCAGCAAGCAUUACAACGUUGAAAAGAGAAGGAUAUCCCAGCUCGCCCGUGUACGCCUCCGAGGCUUCGGGCACCGUGGGCGCAGACCUGCGUCUUAACGAACAGAAGAACAUCGCAUUCAUGGGAACACUGGUUCGUUCGGGCUACGGCCAAGGUAUUGUCAUUGGUACAGGAGGUGGUACUGAAUUUGGUGCCAUCUCUGCUUCCCUGCAAGAGAUUGAGAGCCCUCGUACACCUCUACAACUUUCCAUGGACAACCUCGGCAAGGAGCUCAGUUACAUGUCGUUUGGAAUCAUCGCCUUUAUUAUGCUCAUUGGUUUCAUUCGCGGCAGACCCUUCCUGGAGUUGUUCCAGAUCGGUGUUUCUCUGGCCGUUGCUGCUAUCCCCGAAGGUUUGCCUAUCAUUGUCACUGUCACACUGGCUCUAGGUGUUCUGCGCAUGUCGAAAAGACAUGCAAUCGUGCGCAGACUCCCAAGUGUCGAAACUCUCGGCUCGGUCAAUGUCAUUUGCAGCGACAAGACUGGAACUCUCACCAUGAACCAUAUGACCGUCACCAAGAUGUGGCACUUUGACGACGAAGCACCUGUAGAUGUCGUCAAGGUACAUGCAACUGCUCCCUCGGAUUCUGCUACGCGCACCAUUCUUCGUAUCGGUAACAUUGUCAACAAUGGACGCUUGGGCUCUGAAUCUUCCUCUCAUGCCACAGCGGCUUCGGCUGCCAUUCUUUCCUCUACCAUGGGAGGUGACAUGGCGAAUGCGAAGAGUCGAUGGACUGGCCAGCCAACUGAUGUCGCGCUCCUGGAUCUUCUGGAUGCUUUUGGCGAAGAUGACAUCAGACAAAAUAUUGGAAGUAGGCGCAACGAGACACCGUUCAGCUCAGAACGCAAAUGGAUGGGUGUGGUGAUUCACAAUCCGCUCGAGCCCAAUGGAGCUGCCACUGCUUAUAUCAAGGGUGCUCUUGAGCGCGUUCUCGGCCGCUGCGAUACCUACAUGACUUCGCAAGGGCGCGAGGUUGUUCUGGAUGAGCAAAGACGUCAAGAGGCAUUAAAAGCAGCUGAAGAUAUGGCACAAGAUGGGCUUCGUGUUCUUGGUUUGGCAAGCGGAUUUGUUCGUGAAUCCAAGGAUCGCCGCAUAUCCCGUGGUACUUCUCCCAAGCCUGAGGGCUCCUCAUUGGCUGAUGAAGACCAUCUGUACACUGGACUCUGCUUUGCUGGUCUGGUAGGAAUGAACGACCCUCCUCGUAAGGGUGUGGAUCGCUCUAUUCGCCGUCUCAUGGCUGGCGGAGUCAAGGUCAUUAUGAUCACUGGUGAUGCCGAGACGACUGCUGUGGCCAUUGCGAAAAAGCUAGGCAUGCCAAUCAACAUGUCAUCAGCACUUGGUUCGCCAGUCCUGCGCGGCGAUCAAUUGGAUCAAAUGAGCGAUGAAGAGCUCGCCCAAGCAAUCUCACGCACCUCGGUUUUUGCGAGAACAAGCCCAGACCACAAGAUGAAGAUCAUCCGAGCAUUGCAAUCAAGAGGCGAUGUGGUAGCCAUGACCGGUGACGGUGUCAACGAUGCACCAGCACUCAANAAAGCAGAUAUUGGUAUUGCAAUGGGCAAACUCGGCACCGACGUUGCCAAAGAAGCUGCCGACAUGAUCCUCACAAACGACGACUUUAGCACGAUUCUCGCCGCCAUCGAAGAAGGCAAGGGCAUCUUCCACAACAUCCAAAACUUCUUGACCUUCCAACUCAGCACCUCUGCCGCUGCUCUGGGCCUUGUAAUGUUGAGCAGCGCAUUCGGUUACAAGAACCCUCUGAAUGCCAUGCAGAUCCUCUGGAUCAAUAUUCUCAUGGACGGACCCCCAGCUCAGUCCCUUGGUGUCGAGCCCGUCGACAAAACAAUGCUGCAACUGCCUCCCCGACCCCGUCACGCUCGUGUACUUACUCCUCGCCUAAUCCGCCGUGUACUCCAGUCUUCGCUGGUUAUCAUGGCAGGCACGCUAUACACCUACAUCUCCAAUCUCUCUUCUACGGACCUUGCGUCUCACGAAGUUUCUCCUCGCGACACCACACUCACGUUUACCGCUUUCGUUCUCUUCGACAUGUUUAACGCCCUUACCUGCCGCUCAGCCACCAAAUCUUUACUCUUAGGCGAGAUCAAGUUUACGGGUCAUAAAGCUAAUGCCAUGUUUAAUUAUGCGGUUGCUGGCAGCCUGCUAGGUCAAGCACUGGUCAUUUACUUCCCGCCUUUGCAGGGCGUGUUCCAGACUGAGGCGCUUGGUCUGAAAGAUAUCGUAGGCUUGGUUGUUUUGGCAUCGACGGUGUUUUGGGUUGAUGAGGGGAGAAAAUGGUAUGAGAGGAGGNNGGUUGCCAAGGGGAAUGUGCUUGGUGGGUAUAGUAGUAGGGUGUAA